GAACACAAAAUAUCUUCUGCCUUUAGUCCAUCUGAGGCAACAGACAGUGCUUGUGACAGAGGCUUACAGGGUCCCUUAGUGGGGCACAGCUCUCUAGGUGUGCAACCUGUGUCAGGGCUCCACAUAUUCUACAGAUGGCAGCACAUCGGCAUUGGCUUCUCAUGAGCUUCUUUUUCCUUGAGGUUAUUCUCUUGGAAGCUGCAAAAAUCCUGACUAUAUCUACACUGAGUGCCAGCCAUUAUAUACUGAUGAACCGUGUGUCGCAAAUUCUGCACGGAGGUGGCCACAAUGUAAUCAAACUUCUUUACGAAGGUGGUGAUAUCCCAGAUUUUAGAAAGGAAAAACCAUCAUACCAGAUUAUUAGUUGGCGUCCACCUGAAGAUCAGGAAAAGAAAUUUGCUGAUCUUAGGCAUCGACUUACAGAAGAAAUAACUUAUGGCAGACAGGAAUUCCAAGCAGUCUUAAAGCUAUACGAGCACUAUGGGAAUUUAUGCACUCACUUGCUAAGCAGAGAUGACAUCAUGGAUGCCUUAAGGGAUGAGACCUGUUGUAUUUUGUUGUAUUUUGAUGCAGUGGAUCUCUGUUCUUUCCUGGUUGCUGAGAAGAUUGGAAAACCAUUUGUAGUUUUUCUUUCUAUACUAGCUAACAAUAUUGACUUUGGACUCCCAAGCCCCUUGUCUUAUGUUCCCAUGUCUGGUUCUCUCCUGACUGACAAAAUGGACUUCUGGGGCAGAGUAAAGAAUUUUCUGAUGAGUUUUGAUUUCUCCAUGAGACAAAAGAAAAUACAUUCUCAGUUCGACAGUACCAUCCAGGAGCAUUUUGAAGAAGGCUCUCAGCCAGUUUUGUCUCAGCUUUUACAGAAAGCUGAGCUGUGGCUUCUUAGUUCUGACUUUGCUCUAGAAUUUGCUCGCCCCCUAUUUCCCAAUACUAUUUAUGUUGGAGGUUUACUGGACAAGCCUGUUAAGCCAAUACCACAGGAUUUGGAGAAUUUUAUCUCUCAGUUUGAAGACUCAGGUUUUGUCCUUGUGGCCCUGGCCUCCAUAGCAACCAUGCAUCAGACCAUGGAAAUUAUUAAGGAGAUGAACAGUGCCUUUGCUCGCCUCCCUCAAGGGGUUCUAUGGACAUGCAAGGAUUCUCAUUGGCCCAGAGAUGUCAGAUUGGCCCCAAAUGUCAAAAUAGUGGACUGGAUUCCUCAGAAUGACCUGUUGGCUUACCCUAGCAUCCGUCUGUUUGUCACCCAUGGGGGACUGAAUAGUGUAAAUGAGGCUAUCCAGCAUGGAGUACCCAUGGUGGGGAUUACUAUUUUUGGAGACCAACCUGAAAACAUGUUCCGAGUAGAAGCAAAGAACCUUGGUGUUUCUAUUCAGCUACAGACGCUCAAGGCAGAGUCAUUUGCGCUCACCAUGAAAGAAGUCAUAGAAGACAAGAGGUACAAGUCUGCAGCAAUGGCUGCCAGAGCCAUCAGGCGCUCCUACCCCUUGACAUCCACCCAGCGUCUGGUGGGCUGGAUUGACCACAUCCUACAAACCGGGGGAGGCGCACACCUCAAGCCCCAUGUCUUUCAGCAGCCGUGGCACGUUCAGAACUUGCUGGAUGUUCUGUUGUUUCUGGUGGGGUUCACUCUCGGCAGCUUGUGGCUAUUUAAGAAUGUGCUGACAUUGUUGCUAAGGUCCCUAAGUGGGACCAGGAAAGAAAAGGAAUCUUAA